UCACCUGUUUCGAGUUUCAACGAUCUAACCCACCGAUGCCACUCCAAAGUUAUCAAAUAUGUCGACAUUUUCCCUCCCUUUCUCUCUCUUCAUCAGCUCGAAUCAAACCCCUUUCUUUGGCGUAUUUCUUUGGGCAUUCUACGAUCACCAUCGUCAUCCCCAAUCGACCCAUCUCAUCGUGUCGCUCUCGCUCUCGCCCAAACCAACCGAGUCUAUACACCACUAUAUAGAGAUUCGUGUUGCGUUCUCUCUCAAAUUGAUUAACCCCGCAAAACCCAAAAUCUUGUUUUCUUUUUAAUUCCUCAACCAUGUUAUUGAUUGAGGAUAUCUUGCCUUUCCUGGGUCUCGGCGAAAUUGGUGAGAAGGCUCUGAUUUUCUCAGACUCCUUUUUGCAGAAUCUCUCCCAAUCCAUGUCCAACUCCGGUUGCCGCGGUGGCGAUGGCGGCACUGCCGCCUUAGAAACCUGCCGGGACGAGUCCGUUGCUUUUGUCCUCAAAAUGGUGGCGAUCGCCGCCAUCCUCACUGCCGGCGUCGGCGGCGUCACCAUACCCUUGGUGGGCAAGAACCGCCGCUUUCUCCGCACUGACUCCAACAUUUUUUUCGCUGCGAAAGCCUUCGCCGCUGGUGUAAUUCUCGCCACCGGCUUCGUCCACAUGUUACCGGACGCCACAGCAGCGCUCACUGACUCGUGCCUCCCCAUAUACCCCUGGUUGAAGUUCCCGUUCUCCGGGUUCUUUGCUAUGAUGUCUGCACUGGCGACUUUGCUGGUGGACUUUGUCGGAACCCAGUACUACGAGCGGAAACAGGAGAAGCAGAAAGCAGGUCAACUUGCCCGGGUUGACUCGGUCGACUCAGCGGCCCAGGCCGAGUCGGGGAUUGUGGAUGUGGAGAGGAAUGGGAAGGUGUUUGGAGAAGAGGAAGGCGGUGGUAUUCACAUUGUGGGGAUACAUGCGCACGCAGCGCACCAUAGACACAACCAUCCACAUGGGCAGGAUGCGUGUGAAGGGAAUGUGAGGGAGCAUUCGCACGACUCACACGUGCACUCACACUCGCACGGGUUUGGAGAUGGGGACGAGGAGGGCGGUGCGAGGCAUGUUGUUGUUUCGCAGGUUCUUGAACUUGGGAUUGUAUCACAUUCAAUCAUUAUCGGGCUUUCACUCGGAGUUUCACAAAGCCCUUGUACCAUAAGACCCCUGAUAGCAGCACUAUCAUUCCAUCAGUUCUUUGAAGGAUUUGCGCUCGGAGGAUGCAUAUCCCAAGCACAGUUUCGGACCCUCCAUACAACACUAAUGGCCUGUUUCUUUGCCUUCACGACCCCGAUGGGGAUUGCGAUUGGAACCGGGAUUUCAUCAUUUUAUAACCCUGAUAGCCCCCGAGCUCUGAUCAUUGAAGGCACAUUGGAUUCCAUAUCUGCCGGAAUUCUAGUCUACAUGGCUUUGGUGGACUUAAUUGCAGCUGAUUUCUUGAGCAAGAGGAUGAGCUGCAAUGUGAGGCUGCAAGUCGUAUCAUAUUUUGCACUCUUCCUUGGGGCUGGAUUGAUGUCUUUACUUGCAAUCUGGGCUUGAUUGUAUUAUUAAUUUCAUGCACUUAUUUUUAUUUAUUUAUUUCCAUCUUUUAGGAGCAAAAAAUUAUAGGAAAUGACAAUUUUUAUUUUUAUUUUAUAUUUUGGUUUUUAGUGAGGGCUAGGUGGGGGAGGGUGUUGUAGAGGAAUACAAUGUUGAAGUUGUAGUUUCUCAUAGAAAAAUUUUCAUUUAAGUUUAGAGUAGCUUCCUUUUUUAAUAAUUUCGUUACCCACAAGGACAUGUCUGAAGUUGAGGGUUGACCCUCCAAUGAUAUCAAAUGCAAUUUUUUUUUU